UUCUUGUGGUUGGUAACUCUAAAAUAAGCGACACGGCAGCAAACCAUAUCAGUUCACUUAAGUGAAAAUUUUCUGUUGAAUACUCAUAAUUUCAUAAUGGAUAAAGUUGUUAAGUUUGCCGAACCUGGACGCGUCUUCGCCAAGGACUCUAUUCGCCUGGUAAAGCGCUGCACGAAGCCCGAUCGCAAAGAGUUCCAGAAAAUCGCUAUUGCCACCGCCGUGGGCUUCUGCAUCAUGGGCUUCAUCGGAUUCUUCGUUAAACUUAUACACAUUCCCAUUAACAACAUCAUCGUAGGAUCCUAAAAUGCAGCUAAUAGACGGAACAUUGCAAUAAUAAUACAAUGUAAAUUACGAUUUCCCACGGAAUCUAGGAAAAUAAAAAUCCCUUUUUCGGAUUGUUUCGUACACACGUA